CACCUUGCCACUUUUACUCUUCCAGUCCUAUUCGUAUCUAUCUACAUAUUUAUAUACCAAAUACAUUACUAUACCUACCAUGCCUUUAGAAGACGAAGACGCUUUUUUUGACGAUAUCUACGGAAGUGAUGACGAAUCCGCCGUCAAGAAGGAAGAACCGAUUGCUACUGCGGGCAAGAAAGAAGCCAAAAAGCCGGAGGCUACUGAAGAACUGGAUUCUAAGGAGUCAAGCGAUGCGGUUAAGCCAGAAGCUAGCGUUGAUUCCCCCCCACAUACUGAGGAAACCUCCGUUUCGUCUACACGCAACGACCAAACCGAGUCUGCAUACAAGCCGGCCGAAACCGAGCACCAGGACAGGCCGUAUGCUCCAGAGCUGAAGCCUCAGUCUGUGAGCGGGUAUCAGUCGCAGCAGUACCAACGCCAACAGCAAGGGUACCAAAAUACUCCCCCUCCUCCACCUGCUGGUCCUACCAAAACCCUUCAGUCCGAUGACUUGGCUGAAAGAUCCGAAUAUUACAACCGUGACCAAGGUAAGAUGUUCAUUGGUGGCCUUAACUGGGACACUACCGAGGAGGGGCUUCGCGACUACUUUUCCAAGUAUGGAGAGAUUGUGGAUUUCACUAUCAUGAAGGACAAUAAUACCGGAAAGUCCAGAGGGUUCGGAUUCUUGACCUUCAGAGACGGGCGCAGCGUGGACGAAGUUUUGAAGACCCUGCACACUGUGGAUGGAAAGAUGAUUGACCCUAAAAGAGCUAUUCCUAGAGAAGAACAGGACAAGACGGGAAAGAUCUUCAUCGGUGGUAUUGGUCCAGAUGUCAACGAACAGGACUUUUCUGAAUUUUUUGGCACUUUCGGUAACAUAAUCGACGCUCAGUUAAUGAUUGACAAAGCCACUGGCAGAACUAGAGGCUUCGGGUUUGUUACUUAUGACUCGCCAGAAGCAGUUGAGAGAGUCACACAGAACAAGUACUUGACUUUAAAGGGUAAGGCCAUGGAGGUGAAGAAAGCCGAGCCUCGUGGGGGUAUGGGCCAAAACAAUCACGGCCACCAGCAGAGACAGUUCAACAACCACCAGCAUAACAACCAUGGUCAGAACAACAAUCACGGGUACGGUAACAACUACAACGCCGGUGGUUACAAUAAUAACUACCAGCAACAGCAGUACGGUGCUAUGGCCGGUGGCAACACUGGGGCUGCCACCGGUGCCGCUUCCGCCGCUGGUAACACUGCUGGAAUGUCUCCAGAGAUGGUGAGUCAAUACUGGCAACAAAUGCAACAAUACUGGAUGCAGAUGCAGCAGAUGCAACAAGCCAACCCGGCCCAAUAUCAGCAGAUGUUAGCUGCCCAGCAACCAGCCCAAGUCGGGGGUUACUACGAUGCUAGCACGACUGGAUACGACAAUGGUUCCGGCGAAGCUCCUCCGCCCCCACCACCUAACCCACAACAAAGGUCUAUCGUGGAAGACUCGAACGAAGGUGACUCUUCCUCUGGCUACGGCAAAGGUAGAGCUCCGCCUAACGCUCCAAGAGGCCCAAGGUCGGGUGGUGCCAUUAGAGGUAGAGGCCAUAGAGGUGGUUACCAUCCCUAUGGUAGAAACUAGAGCGUGGUGAAUGCUGAGUAUUAUAUAUGUGGAUCUGAACGUUAUCCACGAAAGAUUGUUUUGUUAGCGUACCUUACGAAAUGGGGUUAGCGACCCUGGUGCAGUCAAUAAUAGUUUCCAACGCAUAUUUUGUCUCUCAGUCUUUUUGAUUUUCUUACUAUCGUCUAAUUCAUAUCAUAUUCCAACAUCUUCC